AUGGUAGGAAGUCGUAAAACUGUAGUAACCUCCGACCAUGUUGGAGUAAAUUGGAUACACAAGAAGUACGAGGUACUCGGCGCGAUACCUGAUCUUAUGAGGGAAGGAAGGAUGGUUAAUGUCUCUCCUAAUGAUGCUGCUACAUACAAGGACUUGCAACUCCAUCAUCAAUCUCAACAGUUGGUUCAAGAUACCAACCCGCAACAACCAACCACAAUCUCAACUAGCUCUUCCUUCAAUUUUAUGGACCUAAAAUUAAAGAAGAACUCGAACUUUGAGCCAAAUGGAUCGGAGAGUUUACUACGUGAUGCCGAGCUGAAAUUGUGGAAAUCGGCGAAGAGUAAUGAUUACCGUCCGCUGAAAAAUCGGCCCGGAACCGCCCUAGGAACCCUCGUUAUCGGAAAACGUUUCCCAAAACUAGAGGAAUCGGGAGAAAAAGCUAGACAAUUACCGUUCUAG